CCGGCUGCCUCGUGCGCGCUGCGCGUGUCUCCUUCGCCGCCGCAUCUCCCACCAGGCGGCUGUCCCCCUCCCCGCCACUGGCCUCCGGAGCGCCCCGCCGCCUGCGCCCCCAGGAUGUGGUCCAGCCUGCACGAGUGGUUCUGGCAGGACAGGUUCUGGCUGCCGCCCAACGUCUCAUGGGCUGAACUGGAGGAUCGGGAUGGCCUGGUCUACGCCCACCCCCGGGACAUGCUGGCAGCCCUGCCCCUGGCGCUGGCCCUGGUUGCCGUGCGCUUCGUCUUCGAGAGAUUCGUCGGCCUGCCCCUGAGCCAGUGGCUGGGGGUCCGGGAUCGGGCCAGGAAGCCAGUGAAGCCCAACGCCGUGCUGGAGAAACACUUCCUCACGGAAGGGUGGAAGCCCAAGGAGCCCCAGAUGGCCCUCCUGGCUGCCCGGUGUGGCCUGACGCUGCGGCAGACCCAACACUGGUUCCGGAGACGCCGGAACCAGGACCGGCCCUGCCUGACCAAGAAGUUCUGUGAGGCCAGCUGGAGGUUCGUCUUCUAUCUGUGCUCUUUUCUCGGUGGCUUCUCGGUCCUCUACCACGAGUCAUGGCUGUGGACGCCGGCAAUGUGCUGGGACAGUUACCCAAACCAGCCCCUGAAGCUGGCCAUGUACUGGUGGUACCUCCUGGAGCUGAGUUUCUACGUCUCACUGCUGAUCACGCUGCCCUUCGACAUCAAGCGCAAGGAUUUCAAGGAGCAGGUGGCGCACCACUUCGUGACCAUCACCCUGAUCACCUUCUCCUACAGCUCCAACCUGCUGCGCAUCGGCUCGCUGGUGCUGCUGCUGCACGACUCCUCUGACUACCUGCUGGAGGCCUGCAAGAUGUUCAACUACACGCACUUUCGGAGGGUGUGCGACACCCUCUUCAUCGUCUUCUCCUUGGUCUUCUUCUAUACUCGCCUCGUGCUCUUCCCCACCCAGAUCCUCUAUACCACCUACUAUGAGUCUGUUGCCAACUCGGGCCCCUUCUUCGGCUACUAUUUCUUCAACACGCUUCUGACGAUGCUGCAGCUGCUGCACGUGUUCUGGUCCUGCCUCAUCCUUCGCAUGAUCUACAGCUUCGCCAAGAAGGGCCAGAUGGAAAAGGACGUUCGCAGCGACGUGGAGGAGUCCGACUCGAGUGACGGGGAGGCGGCCCAGGAGCAUCCUCGGCUGAAGAAUGGGGCAGCCCCCACUGACGGCCCUCGGAGCCGGGCCACCGGGCGGCUGGCCAAUGGGCACACGCUGGCCACGUAGCUGGCCGAGGACUGGCCGUGAGGGGCUGCCCCCAGCACCCAGCGGUUUGAAUGCGUGGGGCGGCUGGACUGGUGGCCCUUGGGCCAGCUCUGUGGAGACAGAGAGGGCCCCACCCCAGAGUUGGGGGGAGGGCUGAUGAUCUGUCUCCAGCCCCUUCCUUCGCUCACCCUCCCUCCUUCCCCCAGGCAACUGGACAGAGCUGGGGGGGCGGGCGGCAGCGAGAUGCUGCGGCCCGCCAGAGCCGCCUCCAGGCUGCAGCCUGGGGGCUGUGAAGAGCCCCGAGCUGAAAGGGGUCCAAUAAAACUUGAACAGAGCCAAACUCUCUGCCUGAGAUCUUU